AAACAAACUUUAAAUUUUUGUUACUUGUGUUUACGUCUAGUCGUGAUGUGUGGCAAUUUAGUUUUUACUUUAAAAAAAUACAAGUGACUUAAAGUAAAAUUAUUAUAAAAUGUCAAUAAUAUAGAUACAAUUUUUUAAAGUAAACUUCAUGUAAAACCUAUUUGAUUAUAGUAGGGGUUACUGUAACUUAUGUAUUUUUUGAUACAUUUCUUGUACCGAUUGUGACAAUGAGUAGUUUUACCUUUAAAAAGAGCUGUAUUUUAUUAGCAAUUUUUUGUAUCUUUUAUGCAAGUGCUUUAACUGAUACCUAUGAUGAAGAGUUAAUGUUGAAGCCGCUUCCCAGUGGCUAUAUUUAUGCAUUUUUUCAAUUUACAACUCUUUGGGAAGGUUCAAAUACUUUGCGUACACUGCAACAUUCACAUUUAUUUCCAAGAGGACUAGGAGAAAUUUUAGGUCGACACCAAGUAGAUGAAUUACAUUUUACUUUAACUGAGGGACUUUGGCGACAUAAGAAAUGGGGAUAUCCAUUUCAAAAUGCAGGACCAGGUGCAGAGAUUUCUGCUUGGUUUAAACAGAAUGUUUCAAAUGUUGAUAAAGAAUGGAUAAGUUUAACGAGUUCAUUAGCUGGGUUAUUGUGUGCCUCUUUAAAUUUUAUAGAUUCUUCCAAUAGCUUAUCGCCGGAAUUUAGUAUGCAGCCAACUAGUGCUUUAAACUAUAAACCAAAUUCAACUUAUUUUCGCUACGCAACUUUACCCAGAGAAACUGCUUGCACUGAAAAUUUAACACCAUUCAAGAAAUUACUCCCUUGUGAUUCAAAGAAAGGAUUAUCGACUCUAAUGAAUUCCGCUUACAUUCACAAUACAAAUUAUCAUUCUAUAGGGAUACAUUUUCGUUCUGUUUGUCGGAAUCCUGAGUGUACAAAAACAUCCCUUGAACUUCGUCAAACAGUUUCACUGAUCUAUGAUAUUUUAUCGGGCGAUUCGUAUGAUUGGUCGAUUCGAAAACUAUUUGGUACUGGACUUAAAGAUGCAUGUACACUGGCAACUAUGAGCAAUAUUUAUGUAGAUAUUAGUACAAAUAAGACAAUUCAUUCAUAUAAAUUAAUGCCAGAGGCUAAUAUAAAAACCACUAGUUUGAGGGGAGGACAAAAAAAUACGUUUGCAAUUUACGAUAUUAAAUCUUUCACUUCGAAAGGGAUGUUCAAUAUUGCUGCUCACUAUACUUCGCCUAACUUUGAUAAUAAAGGCUUUCUUCCAAUUUUAUUAGCUACAAGAUAUAUAAACGGUUACGGACAACAAAAAGGAACUUUAGUGACAAAGUUACAAAAUAAUCAUUGGCAACCUUUAGAUAUUAUUCUCUUAGAAAAUAUUCCUUGGUAUUUGUCAUUGUACUUACAUACCGUUAAAAUUAUGUGCAAAGAAAAACCCAUACGUCCAUUUAUACAGCGCUACAUACCGGGAAAAGAAAGAAAAAGACCUUACUAUCUAGAACUUGUUUUACAGUUACCACCACAUUCGAUAACGAAAAUUUCAAUAGAUUUUGAUUAUUUGUUUUUAAAAUGGCAAGAAUAUCCACCUGAUGCAAAUCAUGGUUUUUAUGCAGGACCAGCCAUUAUUACGGCAUCUCUACCUAUUGCCAGAAACUACACCGCGAUACCCGUGGAUGGUAGCACAAUUUCGUCUAGUUUUAAUGCAUCUCGGGAAAACUAUGUUAUCCAGCUGAGAACUGACAUUUUAUUAAUCAGUCUUCCAACUCCAGAUUUUAGUAUGCCUUAUAAUGUAAUAUGUCUAGCUUGUACGGCAGUGGCAUUGGCUUUUGGUCCUCUACAUAAUAUUUCAACAAAAAAACUGGUUCUCAAACGAAUUCAAAAGUCUUGGUGGAAAAAUAAUAAGUACCUCAACUUUUUCCUGAAAGAAAAAGCCGAUUAAGUAUUUGUACUUUAUAAGUUAAUUAUAUUUUCUAAUUUAAUAAAAUUCAAAGAUAAGUAA